AUGGUGAAGAAAACAGGGCGGAGAAAGAAGGAAUUGAGAGAAGGAGCAGAUUUGGUGCUUUCGUUUGAUCCAGCCGCGAGAAAAGAGUUUUUAACAGGUUUUCGGAAAAGAAAACUUGCGCGAAAAGCAAAGGCGCGCGAAGAACUCAACCGACAGAUCCAGACAGAGAAGCAGCGAAUUAACAAGGAAAAGAGGGAAGAAAUAAAGCAGAAAAACGAGCUGUUGGAAAAGUACGUCGACCAGUUUACUCAAAAUGAAGAUGAAUCUGAGGAGGAAUUCGACAAUGGCGAGCAGACAGUUGUUAUCAAAAAGACAAAAGUUGAUGGAGACGACAUUGACUUUGAAGAUCUUCAAGCUCAAUCUGCUGCGGCUUUAGAUGGCCUAAAAGCGAAGCAGCGAAAGAAAAACGACUUCAAUAGAAAGAAGCUAAAAGAAUUGGAGGCAAAGAAACACAGUUUGGUUGACCGACAGAAGGCGAAGAAAGAUCCAAAGCUGCGAAAACAUGUGAAGCCCGGGUCGAAGCAAAAAGAAGGUGGGAAAGGCGGCAAGGUUGAAAAACGCGGUGGAAAAGGAAAGAAAGGACGAAAAUGA